AUGGGCCAGUUUAAUGCUAGAAAUUCAGCUGUACCUGUUCAGCUAUCUUCUAUCCCUCGAACACGGAGUCUCGUACUAGGAGUCACUGCGAUUAUGACGGUUAAAUUGGCCGUAAUUACUGCUGCUGCUGGAGUCUCUGUGGGAAUAAUCUUAACGUGUACGAUGAUAGUAAUUCUAUUAAUCAAUGAUAUCAAUUCGCUUUACGAUGAAAUUUUAGAUGAUAUGGGGAAAAUUAAUGUAAGUAUUUAUGAAAUUACCAAAGGAUGUGCAUCGAGAAAACAAAAUUGUCCAAGAGGUCCAAGAGGCCCGCCAGGUCGAAAUGGUGAAAGAGGAGAACCUGGUCAAGCAGGCAUACCUGGUCUUCACGGUGCAGCUGGUAUUGUCGCUAUUCUAAAUCUUCCUGCAGGUCGCUGUAUUAAAUGUCCUGCUGGUCCUCCAGGUCCAAGAGGACCCAAUGGUGCACCUGGAGAAACAGGCCCUGCAGGAUUUCCCGGCCAUGAUGGAAGGCCUGGUCGAGAUGGAACACCCGGCAGACCCGGCUCAAAGGGACAACCGGGUGAAUAUGGUCCAGAUGGCUUACCAGGAAGAGACUCUGUAGUGCACAUACAGCAACCUGGUGACAAAGGACCGCCCGGCCCUCCAGGCAAUCCAGGAAAACCAGGAGCACGAGGGGAAAAUGGGAGAAAAGGACAGCAAGGUGAGGAAGGACCACCGGGAUUGCAAGGGAGAGCAGGAACGCCCGGACAGCCAGGAAUUCCAGGACCGCCCGGUGAUGUCGGUGUUGUCGGUAGUAACGCAGAAUAUUGUCCUUGUCCUCCUCGUUAA